GCCGUCUUCCUCCCUGACCCCGGCCCGUCAAUAGGAAAAAAAAAAAGGGUUUGGGAUGCACGACGGAGCAGAUGAACCACAACUCCCCAUUACAUAAAAUCAGGGCUGCUGAUACCACAGAAACAUGGGGUAUCCCAUUCUUCUGGGAAAAAACGCAGCUGUUUGCCAGGAGUGAGUUUUUAAACUCCACACGUUUGCUUUAUACUUUGUUUCUUUGAGCCGUUUGCUUUGAUACAAACAUCUGCAACGAUGUGGGCUGUGGACUGGAGGAGUCGAACCGCUGCCACUGUACUCUGCCUUUUGGCAUACCUUAUCUCCAAAGCAUCAGCGGAAGGCACAGCGACGCAAGAUGUGACUCUGAAAGUCCACCUGAGCGACGCUAGCACUCAGCAGCCCCUGUUUGGAGCCACCGUGCAGCUCUUCGCCAAUCACACUUCUGUAGCCACGGAAACCUCAUCAAGUGAUGGCAACACCUACUUGCAGUUUCCUUACAGCCUUGGGACACCGCUUGUUGUCACCGCAACCAAACAGGGAUAUGUGCCAAACUCGGUUCCCUGGACUCCGUCCAAAUUACCGGUGUUUUCCUCCAUCAGUCUGGAUCUCCUUCCAGAACGUGCUGCUACCCUAAUGGUGUAUGAUGAUGUUGUUGAGAUUAAGUCAAGUCAACAAGGUUUAGGAGCCCAGCCCAGCAUUCAGUUUCUGCGCAGAGCUCUCACUCUUCCCGCCAACACAUCCUUCACAAACCUGACUGCUCUGCUCACUGUGGCGAGCUCCUCGUCACACAUCCAGCACUUUCCUCAUCUGCAGAUUCUGGGCGGCAACAGUACAGGCACAGAGAAGAAGUUUGAGCUGACCCCUGUAGCAGCCAUCUCUGUACAUCUGUUUGCCAGCGAUGGAACAGAUCUGCAGGUGAACGGACCAAUCACCUUCUCCCUUCCCCUGCCGCCUGAUAGCAACUUGAAGGAAAAUGAUCACCUCACUGCUGUGAGGUUUGAUCCUCGCUUAGGGGCCUGGAUUGACGGCAGCCUAGGCCACGUACAGAGGGUGGGAAACCAGCUGAUUCUGAAAUACUAUGCUCCCCAGCUUGGGUAUUGGAUGGCUGUCAUGUCUCCUCUGCACUCGGGUGUGAUGGUGACCAGGGACUUCAGCAGUUACCAUACUGUGUUCCUGUUGGCCAUACUUGGAGGCAUGGCUUUUAUUUUGCUGUCCCUGCUGGGCUUGCUCUUGUACUACUGUCGGCGUCGCUGUUUAAAGCCUCGAGGGUCUCAUCGAAAGUUCACUCUUUCCACUGGUCUUGACAACACUAAGAAGGAUCAAGCAACCUCCAUGUCCCACAUGAACCUCAUCAGCAAUGAGGUGCAGCUGGAGAUUGUUUCUACAGCAACCGAACCUGACAUGACCACGCCGAUGCUGAAGCCCUCUUCGUACGAAUCCCAAGACAAUCAGCGGCAGCAGAGCCUAAUCCAGCUCGCCAAACACAGCCGCUCCUCUCUCUGCAACAACAGCCACCAGGGCUCGUCCCUCGGCAACCUGACGCUUCGCAGCAGGGACUACCGGCAGUCAGCAGAGACUUUUCCUUUGAAGGCUGGACUGUCAUGUGGGACAGAGAGAGGUUACCGUCAGUCAUACACCUCCGUUUGCUCAUCCAGCAACCAGAUGUCAGAAGCACUGUCAUCAUCCAAUCAGGGCCAGGUGUCGGUCACCCAGUUGAGCAGUGUCGGUAUUAUUGACUGUAUCUCUCCAUCCUCUCCCCCCCGAUCCCCGUGCAGGGGGGAGGGAGGGGAGUGCAGAGCACCUGACCACCUGCUGUCUCGUUCUGUAGACCACCUGGAGCGCUCAAACCCUCAGUCACUCUCUCGACCAGGCCAGCUGCUCUGCUGUGGCUCGGUGGACCUGCUGAGUGCAGGAGAAAGCUACUCCAGAGUGCGCCCCACCCUGGUCAUCCCGGCACAUUACAUGCGCCUCCCUGGUGAGCACCCGCUGUCUGGUCAGGCCCUUCUGUUGCAGACAGACCAGCAAAGUGACUUAGAGACCAUCCAGGCUGAACUCAAUGCUUCACAUUCUCAGCAGCCCCUGGGGCCCAGCCCCUCUGACAGCACCCCAGACCCCAGCAAGCAGGGUGAGGCAGAAGCUCUCGGCCUGUCAGAGUCUCUGUCUAUCCCUGCUGCUCUGGGGGAAACGUCUCUUGUUGAGAUAAACAAAGAGGACACCUUGCUGGCUGAAAAGACUUUAAUGGAGCUAAGAGGAGGGAAACCCCUGCCUCACCCUCGUGCUUGGUUUGUGUCUCUGGACGGACGCUCCAAUGCUCAUAUCCGCCAUUCGUACAUCGACCUCCAGCGGGCGGGCUGUCACAGUAAUACACAGAGCGCUGGAGAUCAACAAGAUUAUGAUGGCAGUGGGAGACAUGGCAAUGAUGCUAGUCUGGACUCUGGUGUGGACCUUAAUGAGCCCAGAGCUGGGCGCAGGGCAGGAGAAGCAGAGCGGGAACAUCGAGCAUCAGAGAGAAAGACUGCCACAUCUUACACCCAGCUUGUGUACGUGGAUGAUAUAGAGGGGGAGGAAAAAGGCAGCCCUGAAGCAGGGAAACCCGGCGUUGAGAGCCACAAAGAGAAUCAGGGACCAGGAGACGUGGAGGGGAGACCAGCCGAGGGAGUCCAAAUACUAGAGGAACCGCCCUCGAUUUCCCCGACAUCUCCUGCUUCUCCUCCUCCUCUGCCCACACCAGAGGGAGUGACUUUCAGGACUGAUCACGCACUGCUGUCAGUCUCCCCAGAUGAUGAUACAGCACAUGAAGAUGGAGAGGAGGAGAAGAAAAGUCCUUGGCAGAGAAGGGAGGAGCGACCCCUGCUGGCUUUCAACCUUAAAUAAGUCUCAGAAGUCUGUUAAAGGGGAGCUUUACGUCUAUAAAUACUCACAAGCCAUAAUAUAUUCAAAUUAUUUCUGGAUUGUAGUUUAUCAGUGACUAAAGGGUGAUAACUCUGUUCUAAAACUCACACUUACAGGUGCCUUUCAGGGAAUUGAAACCUCAUUAAAAACUCCAUUAGAUUCAUUAUAUUCAGAGUUUUAUAUUUGAAGUGUUCAUUUUGUCAGUUUUGAUAAUUAUAAUCUACAGAUGAUGAAAACCCAAAAUUCAGUUUCUCAAAAAAAAAGUGAAUACUACAAAAAGAUUUUGCAGGUGCAAUAAAUCCUCCGUGACAGGCGCCCAAAUUCUUGGAUUGGAUUUCCUGUAAAAUCCUGAGGACAGUAAUGAUGGUUGAUUGUGUACAUUUUUACACAAAGGUUUCCAUUUC